GUUGCAAGAUAGAUCUGUAGAUGCGAUAUAUAUAGGUAUAUAACGGCACUUUAUCUAGAACUAUUGCCAACGUGGCUGCAUUUUUUUUUUAUCAAAGCAAGGGAGAAAAACGAUCCGGGCAAACUAAAUUAAUGGAAAUGUUACGUCUAUUAUCAAAACUAGCUGGCAAUGAAGCAUAUUUAUUGUAAAAACAAAAUAUUUCAGCAAUACUUCAUGUUGCUGGGUAAUUAAAGUGUAUUUAAAAUUUUUUAAUUCAUCAUUUCUCAGGUUGGUAUACCUUAAAGCUGUAAACUAUCCAGUUUGUAUCUUUUACUAUCCAUGCAAUGAGAUAGAAAAGGAGAACACUAUAGUCUUGUUUUACCUGCUAUGCCUAUACUGCUUUUUCUUCUGCCACGCCAAGUCGAGCCACCUCUUUCUAAUCUAAGUCAUUUUAAUAAUAAAAAGAUAACAGGUUAUCGAUAAAUAGAGCUGUUACGAUAAGGAAACAGAAGUGCAUUUUUGCAAACGUGGUGACCACAUAAAGUAUAAAGUUGCGUGAAUCAUCUAAUUUUUUAAGAUAAAUAAAGUUUAGCGAAGCAAGAAAUAUGGCUCAACAGACCUACGAAUACAAUGUUGAUAUGACCUGCGAAGGAUGCUCUAAUGCUGUCAACAGAGUACUAGGAAAGAUACCAGCGAUCACUGAAGUCAAAAUAGAUCUUCCAGCGAAAAAAGUUUUUGUAACGACAAAUCUGGAUCAGAAUGAAGUUUUGGAGUCCAUCAAGAAGACUGGAAAAGCAUGCUCAUUUGUUGGAAUUCAAAAGUAAAUAUAAAUAAAAGAGGUUGCUUCUUUGCACAACUGUACGUUGAGCAUUUAUUCAAUUAAAAGAUUUUACAAAUAUUAAAUAUAAAAAAUAGUUUAACAUACACAAUGAUAUUUUUGUACAUUUAAAGAAGACUAUGACUGAUGAAUAAUUUAUUUUAACGCAAUAAUGGCCAUAUGAGGUAUAAGGAAUAAAAUACUCAAACAAGAA